AUCAUUACUUUUAUGAAGGUCAUUUUGCAAAUUCCAUUUCCCAAAUUUUCUUUCACCUUCCCCGACGGCGGGACCUGACCAUACCAAACCUUUUACAAUCGGCAUUUCGAAAAACCCUAAAUCAGCAUCGUCAGCCAAACGAGGGAAUAUGAAGGGAAAUUGGUCGAUCGUCCGUCAGGUUUUUCACCGCCGGCUCUCCACUCUCCGGUCCUCGACACCAUCUUCGCGAUUAUCCACUUUUUCCAGUUCCGUCCGACCUCUAAUGUUGGCGCCAAGCUCGUUGUCGUCGCUGAUCUCCAGGAACUUGUUGUUUACCGCCUCCAACAAUGGCCGAUCCAUCGAUUUUAAAUUCUCAAACACUUCUCUUCUCCACCGGAGAAGCCUCUGUUCAGAAGCUGGAGGUGAGAAAUGUGUUGUUAUGGUGAAAUCAGAGGAAGAGUUCACCAGUGCAAUGAGCAAAGCUCAAGAUGGAUCUCUACCGUCCAUCUUCUAUUUCACUGCAGCUUGGUGUGGACCAUGCAGGUUUAUCUCUCCUGUAAUCGUGGAGCUUAGUAAACAAUAUCCCGAUGUAACUACGUAUAAAGUCGACAUUGAUGAGGGUGGGAUAUCAAAGACUAUCAGCAAGUUGGAUAUCACAGCUGUGCCAACACUUCAUUUCUUCAAAGGAGGCUCGAAGAAAGGGGAGAUUGUGGGUGCAGAUGUGACGAAGCUGAAGAAUCUCAUGGAACAGCUCUACAAGUAACUGUUCCAGUAAAGAAGGUGUUGAAAACUUUGCAAGAUAGUUUGAGACAGUGCAAUCAAAUCAAGGUUAAACAUUUGUUUCUUUCUUUUACAAGAACCAGGCCUAUGUAGCUUUCUCCAAAUAUGGUUGGAUGGUUCAUAUUAGUUAACCGAGGGUGGAGAAUGUAUGCAAAAUGUGAUCUCUUUUAAAUAAUAAUUGCUGAAUCCGUUGCCUUUUAAUAUUAAAAGAGUUUGAAGUGAGAA